AUGGACAGGCGCUGGCUCUGCGGCCUGCUCGCUGCUGCAGUUGCUGCUGCUGCUCUCAGCAGCGCUGCUGCAGCAGGCCAAAAUUACUCAUCAGACCCUUAUCAGCAAACCCCACAAGCCAGCCCUUACUCAGCCUCUGCUGCAGCAGCAAAUGAGGCUGCAGCAGCAAAUGAGGCUGCAGCAGCAAAUGAGGCUGCAGCAGCACACAGCAGCACGGGGGCCCCCCAGGGGCCCCCUGAGGGGCCCAUUGACUUUGCUGAGCAGCUGGUGAGGGACCUGCAGCGGCUGCAGGAGCAGCAGGAGCUGUACGAGCUGCAGCACGCGUUCCCGGAGGAACUGCAGCAGGAGCAGCAGCAGCAGCAGCAGCAAGAGCAGGACCUGCAGCUGGAGCAAAACCCGCAGCAGGAGCAGCAGCAGCAGGAGCAGCAGCAGCAGGAGCAGCCGCAGCAGGACCAGCAGCAGCAGGACCAGCAGCAGCAGGACCAGCAGCAGCAGCAGCAGCAGGAGCAGCAGCAGCAGGAGCAAGAAGAGCAGCAGCAGCAGGAGCAGCAGGAGCAGCAGCAGCAGGAGGAGCAGCAGCAGGAGGAGGAGCAGCAGGAGGAGCCUGUGCUGCUGCUGGGGGCGCUGCGGCUGGAGACGCUGCUGCAGCACAUGACGGCGCUGCAGCAGCACUUCCUGCUGGCUGUGCUGCCGGAGUCCUGGGCAGUUCCGAAGUUCGUGCCAGCAGCAGCAGCAGCAGCAAACGGAGAGUUGGGCCAAGUGCAUGCGUUUUUGCUGCAGCUAGCUGAGGGUUUGGGGGCCCCCUCUCCAGUGCCUGCUCUGGUGGACAUAGCGGAGGCUGGCCAGCUGCCGCUGCUGCAGCAGCAGCUGCAGCAGCAGCUGCAGCAGCGGCUGCAGCAGCAGCAGCAGCCGCAGCAGCAGCAGCAGCAGCAGCAGCAGCAGCUGCAGCAGCAGCUGCAGGCCCUGCAGCAGCUCCUCGCCGCCUCCGUCGGCCACGGCCACCAGGGCUGGCUCCAACCCUUCUCUUUGUCUCUGCCGAAUUUGGACAAAAUUAAUUUCCAACUUUUGGCAAAUCUUUUCCAAAUUCCCCUCGAGCUCGAAUUCCCCGUCGCCCCCGACGGACUCUCCCUCUUCGUCCCCGUCGUUGUCCGCGGCCCUGCUGCAGCAGCAGCCACCCGCAGCAGCAGCAGCAGCAGCAGCAGCAGCAGCGAGGAGGAGCAGCAGCAGCAGGAGCAGCAGCAGCAGGAGCAGCAGCAGCAGCAGCAGCAGCAGCAGCAGCAGCAGGAGCAGCAGCAGCAGCAGCAGCAGCAGCAGCAGCAGCAGCAGCAGCAGCAGGUGCUGGCGGCGGUGACGGACAUUUUCGUUCCUGUUGCAGAUCUUCAAGGAGAUCUUCUUUUUGCUGAUGCUGCUGCUGCUUUCCAAGGAGUUGAUUUGCCGCAGCAGCUCAAAGUGGAGCCCCUCGCCCUCUUCUCAAACCUCAAGGUGGAAGACGUGGGCAGCUUGUGGGCAGCAGUCAAGGGGCCCCUCCUCAGCAAGUUGGCCCUUUUGGGUUUGGGGGCCCCCGCAGUGUUUGGGCCAGCAAUGCAGUUGGUGUCUUUGCCUCGCGUGUCUUUGUCUUUGAACGGCGACAGCAGCAGCAGCAGCAGCAGCAGCAGCAGCAGCGCAGCAGCAGCGCAGCAGCAGAGCCAGCUCGCAGCCAUCGUCGGCUCUGUCUCCAACAAACUUCGGGAAGAACUUCGGGACUUCGCCGAUAUUUUGGAAAGAGACAAAACCCCCAGCAGCACGCAGCAAAUCCAGAAGCAGCCUGGAGACGACUUCCUCAACCUCAAGUUCCUCAACUUCGCCCUCCCCAUCGUCGGUGAGCAGCAGCAGCAGCAGCAGCAGCAGCAGCAGCAGCAGCAGCAGCAGCAGCAGCAGCAGCGGCUGCGGCGGCGGCGGCAGCAGCGGCAGCGCGUUCCUGCGGAGCUGUCGUGGGGUGUCUAUACACCUCUGAAGGCCCUGAGCCUCUGCAGCGCAGCAGAUUGUCCAUUAGGGUUUUCAGUUUUAUCUUUUCCGGAGUUUUUGGUGUCUCCAGCAGCAGCAGUCUCCAAACUGCAGCAGCGCGUGGAGACCCUUUCUGCAGAGCUGCAGCAAGCAGUGCAGCAGCUGCAGCAAAAGGUCAACAGCUCGCUUCCCCAGGGACUCGCAGCCUCCACGGACGCCCAAGCAGGCGUGUCUGUGGACGAGGCGUUGAGCGCUGCGCUGCGGCUGUCGGGGACUUUGCAGCGAGCAGUUCAUAUUGCUGGGGACCGCAUGCAGCGUUUGCUGGGAGCAGCAGGAGAAGCUGCUGGAGUGCAGCAGCAGCAGCAGCAGCAGCAGCAGUCAGCAGCAGCAGCAGCAGCAGCAGCAGCAGCAGCGCAGGCGGUCUCCGAGGCCCAAAACACGCUAAAUGAACUCGAACACCCCUCCGGAUUGCUCGCUUCUCUCUACAGAAAGGCCCAAAUUAGUCCGCAGCAGCAGCAGCAACAGCAGCAGCAGCAGCAGCAGCAGCAGCAAGAAGAAGACGCCGGGCUGCUGGCCCCUCGCCGAAAGCUGCAGGCGGGUUGGCUCGAGCUGCCUCCGCUGCUGCAGCACGGAGGGGACUUGUCUUUGCUGGAGCUUCCUGGAGAAGGGACUUUGAAAGAACUUUUGUCUUUGCGAGAAUUAACUGCUGCUGUUGAUGAGUUUGUGCUGCAAGACAGCAGCAGCCCGCUGCUGCUGGGCCUUUCCCCGCAGCUCAGCGGGCGGACUCUGGGGUCUCUUUUCCGGGAGCACCAGCUGCCUGCUGCGCUGCUGCAGCAGCCCCUCAGCGCGGUCAUCCGCAGCAGCAGCAGCAGCAGCAGCAGCAGCAGCAGCAGCAGCAGCAGCAGCAGCAGCUUGCCGCCGUCGCUGCUCAACCUCAACCUGGGACAGUUCCUCUCUCUCUCCCAAACCCUCGAAGAACUCUUCGGGGCCCCUUUGACUGAAAUCCCUUCGCUGCAGCAGCUGCUGGAGAGUCCCUCUUCUUUCUUGGGUGUGGCCCCCAGCAAGCCAGCAGCAGCAGCAGCAGCAGCAGCAGCAGCAGCAGCAGCGCCGGCGCAGCCCGCAGCCACGAACCUCAUGCAGAAAAACGCGCUCCUCCCCAACACCAACGGGCUCUUCUUCUAA